AUGGCCGGGACUUCAUCUCCGGAGUCGCCCCGAGACGGGCUGCGAAAGAGGGGGAGGCAGCCCAGCGUCGACCUGCUGGACCUGGGCGGCAGCAGCCCCGUCGCGACCUCAUCGGCCGGGCACCGGCGCACGCUCACGGCCUCCAGCGACGGGUUUGGCGACUUUGUCGACCCGCCACCGGCGUCAUUCGAUUCGUCGAGCCACGCUGCCGAUGUUGGCUUCGAGGACGACGAAAACGACGAGCAAGACGAACACUGGCAGGACGCAGACAUGGUGCAGAGCUUCUCUCCCGUCCAAGAUCGACAGACUUUUCAGCAAAGCAGCAACGGCCAUGCUCCUGCUCCUGCCCCUCCUGCCGCCACCACCUCUUCCACCACGACGGCAUUCAAGGGGAUAGGGCCCGCCGCAGCUGUCUCUGCUGAUCUUCUCGACUGGGACGCAUGGGAUACGCCAACAGGGCCUCAGUCCGUGACUCCAGGAGCAGGAGCGGCAGCGGCAGCAGGAGGCGGCACAAAGGGAGCCAAGCAAGGUAACCCGGCUGACGAAGACUUCUUCGCAGCAUUUGAGAGGGCUGCCAUUGCGAGGUCACAGCGACAGCCGUCGCCGCCCAUGAUUGAUCUGCGCGACAUGGAGAAGCAGCUAGCCGAUCGCAACCAGAAGCAGAAGCAGGCCGGUCAAGCCACGAAAGAGGACGACUUCUUUGCCACAUUUGAAGCGAGUCCAGAGGAAACGAUGCGAGGCAAUGCCAGGAGGAUUGCAGAGGAGAAGAGCCCAGGGCUGACGGGCACAAAGCUCGACGACAUGAAGGACGCUCAGGAUAGCCCAAUGCAGACGACAAGCUCUUCGACGAUGGCAGACUACUUCGGCGCUGCCUCUGUUUCCCCCUCCAAAGGCAAUGACAACAAUGGUACUGAUGAACAAGGGCAGAUGAAGCAAGGUCGGAGCGACAGCUGGUCCGAGAUGGCAGGCUCUUGGGGAGGAAGCCUGCGCAAGACGCUCGGCUCGCUGCGCGGCCUGCCCGCCGGUGUCGCCAACCACUUGCCAAGCGCUAGCGACUUCAUCGUCCCACCCGAGGGAGGAGAAGAACAACAGCGCGAGGCCGGCUCGAGCCGACAAAGGACGCCGUCGCCCUUUCCACCGCCCAAAGAAGAACCGGCGUCGGCCCUGUCGAUGCCCACGCCGCGGCGGAAGCAGUCGAUUGCCUCGGCAUCGGACUACUCACACGGGACCCCAUUCGGCGCCUCUGCAUCGCCCACCUCGCCCACGAUGAAGCCUGUCCCACCGAACCUCAUGGCGGCCAGUACCAGCAGUAGCCAUGCACACCGCACCCACUACUCGACGGCCCCAGCAGCCGUGGUGCCCAUCAGCGGUGCGCCUGGCUUUGAUGCCUCGGCCACCCGGCGCUGGAACACAGGCGAGUGGAGCCUGUCUUCGCACGAAGAAUCGCUCCGCUCCAAGAGACCCAUGCCCGUCACGCUCCGGGGACGGCGAGAGGAGACCAACGAGGUCAUCGAGGACUGGCACGCAGCGAGGUUACAGCCCCACUUGCCGCCGAGGCUACAGCUGGGCAAGAGCUGGAAGCUCCUCUACUCCUCGGACCAGCAUGGCAUCAGCCUCGGCACGCUGUACCGCUCAGUCGAGAGCGGUAUGUCUGCCUCGGCCAGUGGAUCAGGACGCGGGUCUAGGCUUAGCGGCGGCGGUGGUGCAGGUGCAGGCGUGGCACAGGACGAGGGGUGGCUGCGGGGCGCGAGCGGUGCCACAAAGGCAGCCUUGAUCGGUGCAGGGGGCGCCGGUGGUAGUAGCGUCAAGAGGCUUGGUGGCGGGCUGAUGAGCCUCGCCGAUGCUGGCCUCAUCGUGGCUGUACGAGACGCCGACGACAAUGUGUUUGGAGCAUUUGUCAAUGAGCGCAUCCGACCUCAGGCCCACUACUACGGCAAUGGAGAAUGCUUCCUGUGGAAAACAACGAAUCUGCCCAGCCAGGCAGCCGCGCCCGACGAGGAUGCAGGCGGCCGCCGACAGAAGAUUUCCACGUUUGGCUACACUGGCAAAAACGACUACAUGGCCCUCACAGAGGCCCACUACCUCUCCUUCGGCGGCGGCGAGGGCAAGUACGGCUUCUGGCUCGACGGCAGCCUCGAUCGGGGCAUCUCAGCUACGUGCCCGGCGUUUGACAACGAGGUGCUUUGCAACCCAUCGGCCUUUUCGAAGGACGACGGCGAGGACGAGGGCAAGUUUGAGUGCAUCUGCAUAGAAGUCUGGGCCUGUGGCAUCGAUUGA